CAGUUCUCCCACCGCCCCCAUCGCGGGUCCGAGCAGUUUGGACCGCGGGAGCAGCAGUAUCAGCCAGGCAGUCCAGGUCUGCGAAGGAUCCCCGCUUGGCACUGCUCUCAGGCACCCGGCACGCGCCCGCCCCACCGCCACGAUGCCCAAGAGGAAGGUCAGCUCCGCCGAGGGGGCGGCGAAGGAGGAGCCCAAGAGAUCUGCGAGGUUGUCCGCUAAACCCGCUCCUGCAAAAGUGGAAACCAAGCCAAAAAAGGCGGCAGGAAAGGACAAGUCUGCAGACAAAAAGAUGCAAAUGAAAGGGAAAAGGGGAGCAAAGGGAAAACAGGCCGAAGUGGCUAACCAGGAGCCUAAGGAAGACCUAUCUGCGGAAAACGGAGAAACUAAAAACGAGGAGAGUCCAGCCUCAGAUGAAGCAGGAGAAAAAGAAGCCAAGUCUGAUUAAUAUCAUAUAUCAUGUCUUAUCAGUGGUCCCUGUCCCCUUUCUUGUACAAUCCGGAGGAAUAUUUUUAUCAACUAUUUUGUAAAUGCAAGUUUUUUAGUAGCUCUAGAAACAUUUUUAAGAAGGAGGGAAUUCCACCUCAUCCCAUUUUUUUUAAGUGUAAAUGAUUUUUUUUAAGAGGUGAAAUCAUUUGCUGGUUGUUUAUUUUUUGGUACAACCAGAAAAUAGUGGGAUAUUGAAUAUGGGAGGCUUUGAUUGUCUUGGGUGCCGGCUAAACAUUCCAUAGAUGGGGGUAGUUUUUAUAUCCUAUAACACAAAGCAUACUAAAUGGCAAUUUGGAGUCAGUUGUGCAUUUACUAUGUCUCGAACAUUUUAAAUUACUUCUAUUCUCAUGUUUUUGGUAGAAGUGUUUCCUAAA